CUGGCUUUAAACUCGCCCGCUCGGGCGCCGGUAGCCGGUGUAACCACAGCAGCGGGCAGGCUGGUGAAUGCUCACCAGAGCCCCGAGCAGUUUGGCAGCAGCCACUCUCAUGUCUCGUUACCUGUUCCCGAACUAGUUAGCUUUAAUCCAGCCGUGAUAGGUCUGCGUCAGGUUGUGGUUGUACCAACAUUUGCAGUGUGGAAGAACCAGCACCCUCUCUUGGAUCUCAGUUAACUCCUAGUUGUAAGCCCUAAGUCAUCCUCUCUGCCAUCUAGCAGCACACAUGUGCCCUCUGGCGUAGGCAGAAGAGGGAUGAAGUGUUUCAUUGUGUAUUUUUACCUUAAUAAACUCCCCGGAGAAGUUUGCUUCUGGGGGGAAUCUAGCUCUUUGCAGCCUGUUGGCAUCCUGCAUAGGAAAAUGGUUAGCGCGUGGGGUUUUUUGAGCAACAAACUCGUUAAAAACAAAGGCCACUGACUCAUUUUGAUGUGUUCUUUCUAAUGUACAGUCUUUUAUUCAAAGGUUGAGGUUUUCUUGUUUGCUUUUUAAUUUGGAAAUAACCUUGGUGGUGUUCCCUUGUAGGUGAACGAAGACUUCCCCAGCCUCGGGAGCUCCAGCUGAGCUCUUGCCGAGACUUCUGAUCCAGCCGAGCUGAGAGCUUUGUGUGGGCAGAGAACCUGAGUCACCAAAUGGUCUCUGUGAGUCGCCAGGAGCUGCUACCCUCCUUGGCCAGCUCUUCCCUGCUAGAGAGCUCUGCCAGCGCUCUGCAACGCAGGAUGCCACCAUCCCUUCUGCUGGGGCACGGCGGCGAGAGGGCGUCCGGCCGCCCCGAAGGCUCUGGCCAUCUCCUUGCAGGCAGCACUAGCCACUCGGAAGGCACCUCGCUCCCCCUGUUCGACACAAAACCCUCCGUCGCUGUCUGCGAGGCUCACCUCAGGCUGCCUGACUUCUGCAGCAACCUCUCCCAGGACUUCAUUCCCACCCUGGAGGAGAUUGAGGAGUUCCUCAGGGAGAAGGCUGAGUUCCUCAAAGAUGAAGCGAGCGAGCUUCACCCAGCUGGAGGGAAGGUCGAGAUCAAAUCCGAGAUCAGCUUAGGUAGCUCUGGGGGACAGCCUGUCUCCAGCGUGGCUCAAGAAGAAGAUGUCUCAAAGGCUGCUCAGCCUGCAGGGACAGCGGAUGGUAGUGACCGGGUAGUAGCCGCUGGGAGCGUUCCCGUAGUCCUCCAGAUCCAGCCUCUGCAGAUGGACAGUGGCAGCCCGCUAGCGCAGAGUGCUACAGCUGGUGUCAGGGUGGCCCAGCUGGUUAUCAGCUUGCAGGGCCAAAACCUGUCCCUCCUCCCUCAGGUCCAGCCCCCAGUGACCAUCGUGGACCAGAAAUAUGUCAAAAUUGCCCCCCUGCCAGUCGCCCCGAGGCCAGGGGAUGUGCAAGAGGUGGAGGCAAGCCCCAAGUAUCAGAAAGCUCCCCCUUCCCUCGUCCGCAUCCACAAGUGCUCGCACCCGGGCUGCGGCAAGAUGUACACCAAGAGUUCCCACCUCAAGGCUCAUUUCCGUCGCCACACCGGCGAGAAACCCUACACGUGUGCUUGGCCCAACUGUGGCUGGCGGUUCUCCCGGUCGGAUGAGCUCUCCCGUCACAAGCGCUCCCACUCCGGUGUCAAACCCUACCAGUGCGCUGCCUGCGAGAAGAAGUUUGCCCGCAGCGACCACUUAGCCAAACACGUGAAGAUCCACCGGGGCCAGCCCUGCAGCCAGCGGACGCUUCAGGGCGGCAGCAGAAGUUAAGUCUGGCUGCUCAUCCUUGCGAGGCUGAGUCCAGGAGUGCCUGAAGCCGGGCAGACGGCGCAAAACCCACUACGCUAAUGACGUGGGGGAGAAAUGACUCUCUUUAACAAAUUAUAGGAGACCCAGUGUUAUCUGGGUGACCCAUGUUCACGGCCUGUUCCUGGUACUACUGUCCCUCUCUUGAAUACAGGUGAUGGAAACCUGA